AGAAGCAGAGGAGCAGGGACUCGGACCAGGCACUCUAAGGGGUGCGGCGUCCCAGGCCGGGUCUUAAGCCCUGCUGCCAACGCCAGCCCCCUGAGCGCAUUCCGUGUACCGGCGCCCGGCGCCCGCCACCCGCCAUGGCUCUGAGUCCUUGGAGGUUAAGUCAUGGCCGCCGCCCCACAGUGGGGCACACAAGCGCCUCUGUGGUGGGGUGCAGCAUGUGAGCCUGACGAGACCCCCACGCCCCUGCCAGCGCCCGAGGAGAGCCGCUGGAGCCUGGUGCCCAGCUCGGUGAAGGAGCUGGUGGGGCCACUGCUGACCAGGACCAGAGAGAGGUGGCAGCGGUUCUGGGGCCCUGGGGCCUUCCAGGGCUUUGUGCAGACCUACUAUGAGGACCACCUGAGAGAUCUGGGUCCCCGCGCGCAGGCCUGGCUCGCCAGCUCCAGGGACCGCCUCCUGAACACGGCCCAGGGCCUGUGCCCCAGGCUCCUGUGCAGGGACAAGGACCAGGACUGAGGCGCUGAGCCCCACCCCCACCCCCCCCAGCUCUCAAUAAAGACCUGCUCACCUGC